AUGAGUUUGAAAAAAUUGUUCUUGUGCUGUUUUUUGAUGGUGGUUCUUUUUGUCAACUCCUUCGUUGAUGCUGGUGGUGAUAAAGGCAAGCACGUCUUGGUCAAAGUAAAGUACCCUGUGAAGGAAAUAAAACAUACCCACACCAUUUACAAGACUAUUCACCACUAUCCAAAAGAAGAACACGAUGAACAUGAUCACGGUCACGAAUUUCAGGGAUGGCAUGGAUAAAUUCGAUUCAUCGUACUAGAAAAUUUCCGUAAAUAAUCGCUUCUAUUGUAUCAAUGUGACGCUCAAUUUAUCGAUCCAGUUUUUAUAACUUUUUUAUUCCAAAAACAUUGUAUAGCUAGUUUAAAAUCUCAUGAGCCUU